AUGCGGGGUUUGUUGGCCUCCUUUUCGGCGGAGGCGGAGGCGGAGGUGGAGUCGUCACCCACGACUUCGCCGGCGGCGAUGGGGCCGUGGGGCCGUGGUAAUCACAUCGCGGCUUGGUACGCCGAGGCUCGGUGCAUGGCCGCGAUCGGGCGAAAAGUCGAGAUCGAGGCGAUGUACAGCCACCUGGGGAAGGUUUUAUUGGAGGAUACGGCCGCGGCAUCACCGGCGGGGCUCACUCAAGCAUCGAGUUUUGCCACGUGGGUAGCCCAGAGGAUGCUGCGUCAUGACUACAUUUGA